AUGCCAAACGAAACAGCUAUAUCGAAUGCGAACAACUGUUCAGCUUGGCAACAAUCCUCAUCAGCAAAUGCGAAUAUUCACACAUUAGAUACACCACCUGAUUCUGCUGUGUUACCUCCAAAAGAUUGGCCUAGUCUCGCUGAGGCCUCCGAUGAACCGACUGUAACCGUUUCAUCGCAGCCAAAUACACCACGGACACGUAAUAGAAAAGGCAAACAAAAAUGGGUACCAUUACCAUUUGAAAACAACGAAGGUAAUGAAAAGCCAGUAUUAUCAACCGACUCUCCAAGUAUUACAAAGCCAACUUCAGUUAAAGCAAAUCGUUCAAGUCGAAAUUCGCGUGGUGGACGUACAAAUAAUCGAACUCGUACACGUAGUCUUGAUGGUGCAACCCCUAAGCGUAAUCGAAAGAAUCGAACAACACCAACUGUUUAUAAUCCAUAUCAAGAUUAUUAUGCAUAUUAUUAUUAUGAUCAAGCAGGUAAUCCAGUACAAUUAUAUCCUGAGAAACACGGCAAACGAAAAAAGAAACCGGAAGUAUCUGCUAAUGCCAAUCCAACUGGAGAUGAAACAGGUCUGAACAAUCCAAUACAAGAUGUUCAUAAAUUUAUAUUUGACGAUGAAACUGUCAUUAUUGAUGAUUGUUCGUUUGUAUUACCCUAUAUCGAAGGUCCUUAUUAUUACGAAUCGACAAAUUCACCGACCGAUAUAGACACAUCGUUUUCUACUGUUGAUGGCUAUUCCACUCCAAUAAUACCUGCUUAUACUGAACAACAAUUAAAAGAGCUUCUUCGACGUCAAGUGGAAUAUUAUUUUAGUCCAGAAAAUCUUCAAGUAGAUAUAUUUCUUCGACAGCAGAUGACAAAAGACGGUUAUGUACCACUAUCGUUAAUUGCCAGUUUUAAUCGAGUUCGAUCAUUAUGUGAUGAUGUUCAUCUUAUUGCUGAUGCUGUUCAAGAUAGUUUUGUUGUUGAACUUAAUGAUAAAUAUAUGGUACGUUGCCGAAAUGAACCUAAUCGAUGGCCAUUAAUUAUUGACGUAAACAAUCAUUUAACAGCAUUAAAUCCUGAUGUACCUGAUUUUCAACCUGGAAAAAUAUGGAAAAAUGAAUAUCAAAGUACGAAUACACGUAGUUAUAUAUUUUCCAGGCUAACCCUUUUAAAAUUAGAUAUUCAAAUUGACAAUAAUGAAACGCCUUUAUUAGAAAAAGAAGAAACAAAAACUGAAACUGAUUGGAAUCAUAAAACAACAAAACGAAAGAAACCAACAAAGAAAAAGGAGAAAAAAGAGCCAUCUCAGGUUAUACUACCACAAGAGCCAACAAGAUCAGAUAAUCGUGAAGAAUUAGAUUUUCAAUUUGAUGAAGAAUUACCAAAUAAACAAACAAAUGGACCAGUAUUUCGUGUGCCCAAUCGACGUCGAACAACAUCAUUAACACUUGAUACAUAUAGUCAACAUAAAAGUGAAGGUUCUGAUUUUGAGUUAGACGAUGAAGACAUUGAUAAAAUUCUUAUUAUAACGCCAACUCCACCAUCAAAUCGUAAACACCAUCCACAAAAUUAUAGUCGUACGGUUGAUCAUACACCAAGAGCUAAAGUAACCGCUGAAGUAGCAAAAAUUAUUGAGGAUGGUUUAAGAUGGUAUGAAGAAGCAUUAUGGCAUGAUAGACCAAAGCCAUCGUUUGAAAAUACACUAACAUUGAUAAGUCAAGAUGAGAUGGAUGCUUUACGUGAUCAAUCAGAAACAAAUGCUGAAAAGAAAACCAAUGAAAACGAAGAUGAAGUCACCGACCAAUGCAUUCCAUCAAAAACUGAGACAGACAAUAAUCAAUUGAAUGUAACAAAUGAAAAGCAAUUUCGUAGUCCAGCAAUUAAUAUUAUCCGUUCAAACAAUAUUUCAACACCACAAGUUGAACCAUUCUAUCGUCCUAAAAAUCAACCUAAUCACAAUCAACAAAAUUUAUCAUCAUCAUCACCAAGUAAUGAUUUUGUAUCUCAAUCGUUACCAAAUAAUAUUGAAAAUACCAAUGAGAAUAAUGUUGCUGAUGCACAAGCUGCAAUGAAAGAUGCAACUAAUAAAAAACAACCAUCUGAUACACAUAAAGAAGAACCGCGAACGCCUCAUUCGCGUGCAAAACAUUUUGCUCGAUUUUAUCCAAUUACCAAAGAUGCACCUGUUGUUAAACCUGAUACACCUGGCCUUAAACGUAAAACACGUCAUAGUGAAAAUCCGCCCAUAGAAAGUUCAGUUGGCUGGGUUUUUGAUUCCCGCGGUCAUCCAACAAACAAAUCACGAAGCAAUACAAUAUCAAAUACUGCAAAUCGACAACAAGAUUUCUAUGAUCAAUAUUCAUCAUCGUAUAAUGAAAAUCAUUAUUGGCAUAGUAAUAGUUCAAAUUUUUAUGGUUCAACUCCAGUGGAAAUUCCGCAAUUUCAACAUCCAUCGCAUACACUUUUACAACAAAAUGGUUUCACUCAACAAGUUUAUCUUAAAUACAAACAAGAAUGUCUUGAUGAACGUACUAAACUGGGUCCUGGCCAAUCCAUGGAAAUGAAUACACUGUAUCGGUUUUGGUCAUUUUUCUUACGUGAAAAUUUUAAUCGUCGUAUGUAUAAUGAAUUUAAACAAUCGGCUGUUGACGAUGCUAGAACUGGUCAUCGCUAUGGUGUUGAAUGUUUAUUUCGAUUUUAUACAUAUGGUUUAGAAAAUAAUUUUCGUCAACAUGUAUUUGAAGAUUUUCAGCAAGAAACUCUUCGCGAUUAUGAAGCUGGACAAUUAUAUGGUUUGGAAAAAUUCUGGGCAUUUUUAAAAUAUUCUCGACAAAAACAAAAAAUAAAUUCGAAACUUGAAGAUAUUUUAAAAAACUAUAAAAAGUUGGAAGAUUUUCGUGUUGAUGGUGCAUCAUUUCCACAACAGUUUUAUCCAACCAAAUCAGGAAUUAAAACUGUUCCAGCACCUGAAGCGCUUGCUGCUGCUGCAGCAAAGAACAGUGAUACGUCACAUUCAUUAAAAACCAGUGGGGAACAUUUCCCAACUCGUAAUCGUGGUCAACCACGACCAUCAAAUCGACGGACAAUAUCUGAACGGUGCUAA